AUGGAAAGUGUAUAUGUGAGCAAUGUGAAGAGCAGUUCAACAUACAAAAGUAGAGUGGUGACCUCACAAAGUGUUUACAUGUUAUCGUCAUUGUUGAAUGCUGUUCGUAAUAUAUAUAAUUUUUCUCACUUAUACAAUCCUAUUUCUUCGAGAACAAACCAUAGACGCAAUUGCAUUAUUGUAUCCAUCGAGCAGACAGUAAAAGUUACCAAUCGUGUCGGAUACAGGAAGAAACUCUUGCUUCUUAUGGUAGUAAUGGUACUUAUCAGUAUGGUAGAUUCUCAAAUUAUCUUAUCUCUAUGCUCAGUAGAAGGACUCAAGAAAGACCGUGACAUUCUUGUAUACUUUGUUCGCAUCCUUCGUAGUGGGUGGAAAGAAAUGAUCUGUGUUAGUCAAGUCUACAAUUAUUCGAGCCAUCAUCUGCUUAUCAAUUCAUUGUCGGUCAUUAUGGGGGAAAUAGAACCACGAGCAGGCAGCGUCAGUUUAGCAAUUUGUCAACCAUGUGUAGUACUUUGGAAACACAGUGAUAGCUUAGAUCCAAACAACACCUUUAUGGCGCCAGUAAUUUUCAUAUUUUACUCUCCUUCAUCAGGCUUCGAAUAA